UAGUAGUGCAAGCGAAUAAAACAAAUCGAAAAUUCUGAUCCCCGCCUCCUCCUCCUUCCCCAAACCACUCCCAAAGUCGCCGCCUCUCCUCGGUUCCAUCGAAUCGAACAACGAGAGGGGGAGAGAGCAAUGAUCCAGCUGCUGUUCCUGGUGCUCGUGGCGGAGGCGGCCGUGGCGGCGGCGCUCCUCUUCAAGACGCCGCUGCGGAAGCUUGCCGUGCUAGGGAUCGACUGCCUCAAGCGCGGCCGGCGCGCGCCCGUCGCCGUGAAGACCGUCGCCGGCGUCGUUACCGCCCUGCUCACCUCCACGCUCUACAGCAUGGCCGAGAUCAGCGGCCGCGCCGGGGGAGACCCCGAAUCCGGCGGCGGCGGGGGCGGCGCCUCCCUCUCGCCAACUGACCAGGUCCUGUUCUCGCGGCACCUCCUCGAGGCGUCCCUCAUGGGAUAUUCCUUAUUUCUUGCUCUAGUUAUUGACCGGCUCCACCAAUACAUCAGAGAACUACGUGGGCUAAAGAAGAAUGUUGAGGCUGUAAGUAAGCAUAAUAAAAUGUUAGAGGAAGCAAAACAUGGAAGUAUUGAGGAGACAAAGAAAUACCAGGAAGAGAUUGCCGCUCUCAAUGAGGAUAUGAAGAAGCUGAAGCUACAAGUCCAAGAGAAGACAGAGGAAGCUCACAUUGCCGAAGAUAAGGCUCUUGCUAUUCGAAAACAAUCUGAAAGCCUGCUACUUGAAUACGACCGUUUGCUGGAGGACAACCAACAUCUCCGGGAGCAGCUGCACUCCAUUGACCUCAGGCUGUCCAGUUCUUGAAACAAUUUCAAGAAAAAUAUUUUCAAGUCAACCUAUUGCUGCAGAAACUUGUCCAUCACAGUUUUGCUGAAAAAUUCAAGUUCAUUCCUGGUGGUAAGGUCGUCUGGAUUCAAUGUGCAGACAAUAUGCUAGUUCAGUAGUAUUUUCCCUUAUCAGUUUUGACAGAUUUACUUAACUAGCUUUUGUAAUAUAUAAUUGUAGGAAAAUUCGAGUUCUAUAUUGUCAUGCACUUACAUUUUUUACUUUAUUUGGUUAUAUUAAUAAUGUUUGUUAA